AUGACUUGGUUUACCGGUGCCCGAGACACGUCUGAUAAGGGCUGGCAUUUUGAUGCGGUCAGUCUCUUGGCCGUAAUUGGGGAGUCUAUUAUAGAGAGGCAGAAACAUUUUAUAGUGGCUUCACCAUUUUGUGCUCUACCGCGACUUUUACCGGCACCGCAAGCCAUUUUAAACACGGGUUCGACGACCCAGCUGCCACCGGUUACCAAUGUGUCUGUCAUUGGUGUAAAUUCAGGGAGAACUUACAAUCAAAUGGGUUACUUCGCCGGACUUAUCCAUGAGGUGGAACACUUGGAACCUUAUGAAGUUCGCGCUUAUCGCAUCGGUCAUACGGAACGCUACUACACUGAAGCCAAACCCGGUAGCCUGGAAGAAUAUCACGAACCCGCUAGAACGAGGAUCGGCCUGCAGUUUCUCUGCCCCAUGAAUAUCCUUACAUUAGCAUCUGUUCUCUUAACGAUUGGUUUGGCUAUUUGGUCGAUCAUCCUCCACGAUGGUGUCGGUUUGCUUGCCAUAAUCACCAUGUCGAUAUCCAGUAGCCUUGCAUGUCUUUCGCAGCAUUCAUAUCCGGAACUCGAGAGGAAAGAAGGAGACGCCAACGAGCAAGGGGAUCUUGUUAUCAGGACCCGCAAUGGUGCUGUUAUUGUCGUUCACUGCACCGAGGAUAUCGCCCAGGAACUAUAUCUAAACCCAGAACAUUACAAGUAUACCUUGGAGCCGGAUCAAACUCUCUUCAAAUUCCUGAUGGGGGCCAGCACCGUUCUACUCAUGAUCUCCGUGCUUCUUCUAAGCAACUGCGGGCCACGCUCCUGGGAUUUACUUGGAUUUACAGUGAAUGUGUACAAGGAUAGAAAAUGCGCUAAUUAUACGUAUGCACUCUGGAAUGCGAUCCGGGAAACAGGCGAGGUUGUGUGGGUUAAAGAAGCUCGUUCAUUACCUGAUUGGGAAGCGUGGAAUGCCUGGCUAGAGGAGGCAAAGCCAAAUAUCACAAAUCCAAACUGGAAACCUGAGGAGGCAAGACUCCGAUUGAUGGCAGGAGCAUCAUUGUGUCAGAAGGUGUCUGAUGGCCAAUAG